CCAACACCGAAAGUUGUCUCACUCUUGCAGUAAUUUUGUUGGUUUUGUUCAGCUGUUUGCUGGUUGCGACCUAGGUGCAAGGCUAGGUCUAUAUGUUUGCUAUCUCUGAACUCUGAAGCACAGAAUAUAAUGUCUAGCACAUCAGGACAAAGGACAAGAAGUCGGGUGAUGCACGUUUGUAACUGUGUAUCUUUUUUAUUGUCCUUUCUUUUCCUCCAUCUAUUUUGUUGGAUGUCCUUUGCUUCCUGUUGAUGUGAAAUACACUUAGUUCCUACAUGGACUAAGUUGCACGAACUGAAAAUCACUAUUUAAGAUUUCAUAAGUUUAUUUUCUUCCACUUCUUUCCAUUUCCUACCCUUUCUGAGUAUUGUUUGCUUUCACCCAUUAUGUAAGGUGGCAAUUUUUUCGUCCCUCCUGUUUCGACGAUUUUGAUACAUUACCAACAACUUCGCAGUUGAUGCUGAGAGGCCAAUUCUCAUAGCUCUCUUCAAUGUGAUAAGCCUAUUAUUCAAGUCUUGCACAAGAUUGAUGUAUUAGACAUUUAUACUUCUUGACAUCUCAGAGAUACAUGUUCAUUAUCUAUCCUGAAGUUUGUAAAAUUAACGUUUAUUUUUUCAUUUCCAUGUAUGCUUAAUCACUUAAACAGUUAAAUCUAGAAUUUUUGAACAAAUUAGUCUACAUCGGGUAGAUGAAUGAUUGAAUUUCUUUUCAAAUUCAUUUGUCUUUGUUUUUGCAUUUUAGAUAGGAAAAAAAAGAUUUUUAUUUGUGAACAACUAGGUAUCGUUUCUAUUGAGGAUAAGAUGAGAGAAAAUCAUUUAAGAUUAUAUGAGCAUGUGCUUAGGAGACCUCCAAAUGCGAUAGCCAGAAAAGGUGAAAUGAUUUAUGUUAGUGGUAUGAAUAGGGGUAGAAGAAGGCUUAAAAAGACCUUAAUAGAAACUAUAAAUAAAUAUUUAAGUACUCUAAACUUAAAUAAGCAUAUGACUUUUUACAUAUCUCAAUGGCGGCAAAAGAUCCAUGUAGCUGACCUCAAAUAGUUGGGACCUAUGAUUUUAUUGUUGUUGUUAUGCUUUAUUUUUGCCUGGAUUUUUUUUGGUCAAUCAAAUAGUGUUUGUUCAUGAUUUUACCCAUGUCAGUUUUUUCUGAUACCUUGUUCUUUGGUAUAGAGUAUUGUGUCUACUACCCAUUUUUGUUCUCUUUAUCUCUCUUAUUAUUCUGUUCUCUAUAUUUGACCUUUUUUAACUUGUCUGCAUUUUGUUGCUUGUUGCACUCAUGUGUCGUAUCUUCUUUUCAAGGUUGUCGUGUCUGUCAUUUAGGCACUUGAUUUACCCCCUCCUUCCCUUUCCUCAAUCUCUUCUUCCAAUAUCUUAUUUGCUUCAGUUACCAUGUAAGUAGAAUUUUCCAGUUUGCUUGUCUUCUUUUUUUGUCAUUUCUCUUAUGAAACUAGAGCCUAUUUGUCACUUUCCUAAGCUGCUGCAUGUUAGUAAUUGGAUCAUUGUCAUCGUUUGCCAACUAGAACACCUGUCAUUUAAUGAAAUAUUUUGAUUUCUUCUCCAACAUUAUUGCACAGCAAUUCUUCUAUAUAAUUCCUUAGCUCUAGCCUUGUUUCUCCCUCCCUUCUGUUUUUGCUGCAUAUGUAGUUGUACUUUACUGUAUACAUUACCUAUUCAGAUGAGCUACCAACCUAAUUUACUGCAGGAUCUCCAGAAGGAGCAAGGAUCAUUUAGGAAUUUGGGUUGCGAUCUCCAUUCAUCUAACAACUCCACUACCUUGCUUUCCCCUCUUCAGCCCUACAGUUAUAGUCCUAUAUAAUAUUUGGACUCGGUUGUAUCAGGUUCCAAAGAAGCCCUUAGGUUCUGCACUGAUUAUGUUGAUAAAUAAAUGUUGUUUUGGUAUCUGCAACUUUUCCCAAAGAAAUUCUGGAGUUGACCAACAAGUUCAUGGCCGACCCCAUAAGAGUCCUUGUAAAGCGUGAUGAACUGAUGUUGGAGGGCAUCAAUCAAUUCUUUGUUGCUGUUGAGCAUGACAAAUGGAAAUUUGGCACGUUAUGUGACCUGCAUGACAAUCUUACCAUUACCCAAGCCGUUAUAUUUUGCAGCAAGAAAAGAAAGGUGACUUCAUAGCGGUUAAUUUUUUUUAUGAUAUUUUAAACUUCAUUACACAGGUUCACUUGAGGCAGCUAAUUUCGUUAGAUAAUGAUGCUCAGUCAUAAAUAUCGAACACAUUCACUUUAUGUUUCACUUUGUUCAUGAUGCUGCAAAUUAGAUUCCAUAGCUUAGCUCGGUGUUUUUCUCAAGUACAUAAUUUUAAACAUGCAUUUCUGUGAUCAUUUGCAGCUUGUGGCUAUAAACUUUGCACCAAAAUGAUGACCUCAGGAUGCUAAGAGAAAUCAAACAAUAUUACAGUGUGCAGAUUGAUGAAAUGCCAAUGAAUAUAGCUGACCUUAUUUGAAACUAAUAUGACGAGGAUUGGUAGUUUAUCUCACAGAUUUGAAACUAAGCUGACCUUAUUUGAAACUAAGAUUAAUGAUGUUAUAUCGUGAUUAUCGAUAUAACAUCAUUAAUCUUGUCAAUUAUUUGUGCUCGGAAGACCGGCAUGUUUGAAUAGAAGAAAAUUAUCGUCUCUGCUGACUCGAAAUAAGAAAAUUAGAAGACCGGCAUGUUUGAAUAGAGUUUGCCUAUAUUAUUAACUGACUGUUAGCAUAUAUUUCAUGGUGGACCACAUAGAUGUCAACCCAAUGCUUGCGGUACGCAUGACAUAAAUCCUUAACCGCAGUAGCAAUCAUCAUUUACUAGAAUGCAACAAGUAUACAAUAUUGUGUAUCUCACAGCAGUAUUAUAAUGUAGGACUCAUUUCAUCCAUGUCUGCUGCAUAAUGUCUUCUUCUAUAUAUCUGUGCCGGGUGCUUAAAACUAUUAUUGAUGGGUGAAUCCAUCAGUAUUAUUGCAACCACGUAGUGUCUUCCAAGUUGACCCAUCUAAAUGCUUUAUCUGUACGUAGCAGAUAGGAAAUAGGUUGACUUAUUUUAUACAUCAGUAGCUUGGCAUCUUUGUUUCUUGUGUCUUCUCUUCGCUGGCAUUUGGACUUUGGAAUCACAAAAUCUUGCUGCACGUCGAGGUCGAGGUUGACCCCAGUAAACGAAAACAAACAAAACAACGGCGUCUUCCUGCUUGUGAAUGUCAACUCCCACCCUCAUAUCAUCGAGUUUGUCAACGAAUUCUUAGCUGUCUGUCUGUCUCUUGCCAUGCUGUGUGAUGGUGUCUUAAGUAAUUCGGAUGACAUUGCAUUUGAUUUGCAAGUCGACUGCCCUCAGCUAUCUUCCACAUGCAAUGGUGGAGUGUUGUGAGUCGGUGUUUCCUACUUGACAUUAGUGAAUUCUUUUAGUAGGAUUUGGCAUUAUAAAGUGGUUGACCUGCGGUGAUUUAAUAGAAUUUUUACUAUUAAAUGGGGGUCAACAUAGUUCAGUAAUCCAAUAACACAUCACAAAUAAUUUUGAUGUGAAUUUAAGUACUAAGGUUAGCAUUAAAAAAGAGUCAAAGGCUCACCAAAUCUAUCUGUGACACAGUAAAGUCUAACCAAAUAAUUAACUAAAGCACAUGAAGUAAUAUAACCAAACUAUUCGAAAAAGAACAGUAACCCACCUCAGCUCGAUGCCAAUUGAUGGUGACAUUUUGGUCAAACUUGUAGAUAUGUACUUGCCGACCUAAGACGAUCAAACACCCCACGGUAUAAUUUUGGACCUCCUCCCCACCGGUUCAAUUACACCGGUUCAACCAACCCAUGAUUCGAGUCGAAGAAAUUAAAUACAUACCCAAACUUCACUCGGCUAAAACCCCGACGAACCGAACCGAGCCGAGCCGAGCCGAGCCGAAGCCGGUUCAGUUAGUGGGGCUGGCGAAGGGGAAGUACAUGAUGAGAUCUGCUGGUCUCAGACGAAUCUUUCCCCGUUUGCUCACUGUCCGAUCUCCUGAUGGGGCAAAAGAUCUCGCUGUCGCUGCGGUUCGAUACGCUUCCCGCAGACCAAUAUCUCCUCCCCCCAAUCCCGAUCCUUCCACAACCAUCAUCACCGAGGUUGGAUUCAGCAUCGGCAUGAUGAGCUCCUCCGACUCCAGCGAGAUCUCCCUCGGUACUGAUCCAAAGAUCUCGUCCCCCUCCCUCCCUCCCUCCCGUCGACGUGCAUGAUAUGGUAUCCAAUUAGAUAUCCCUGCCAAUCCUUUUCCUCUGGUUAGAUGAUGCCAGCGAGGGAUGAGUCAGUGGGUCAAUGCGUGGACUUCUUCUUCCACCCAUCGCAACCCCAACCCCUGUUCCGAAUCCGUAAAGAUUGUCUCUUUCGAUCGGGUACAGCGCUCCUUGGGAUUCUUAUAACGGGGAUUUGGUUGGGAUUUCCUGCUCUUUAUUCUCUGUCUUCGCUGCUGCUGCUGCUGCCUCUCCUCCGUAUAUAAGGCGGUUUGAGGAAGAGGGCGUCGCCUGCGGGUGCUUGGACUCCUCUGCGUCUGUAAUGUCGUCGUCGAGAGGAGGCAAUGGUUGCGGCGGAGAAGGAGAGCGCCAAAUCCAUGUCUUGGCCGUGGACGACAGCUCCGUCGACCGGGCCAUGAUCGCCAGGAUCCUCCGCAGCUCCAAGUACAGAGUGACGACGGUGGACAGCGGGAAGAAGGCACUGGAGCUGCUGGGACUGGAACCGGACGUGAACAUGAUCAUCACGGAUUACUGGAUGCCGGAGAUGACAGGGUACGAGCUUCUCAAAAGAGUAAAGGAAUCCUCGGAGCUGAGGGAGAUCCCUGUGGUGAUCAUGUCGUCCGAGAACGUCCCCAACAGGAUCAACAGGUGUUUGGCAGAAGGAGCUGAGGAUUUCCUGCUGAAGCCCGUUCGACCAUCCGAUGUGUCUCGGUUGUGCAGUCGAAUCCGAUAGCAUGCUAACGAUGGUCGACGUCGGAGGAAGAAAGGAGUUUUUGAAGCUCUUAAUUGGCUCGAUUAUUUUUUGUUCGAUGGAGAUACAUAUACCUGUUUUGGAAUUCUUUCUCUGGUAACAUGUUCUUAGAGAGCAUAAUAUGAGAACAGAAAUGUAGAGAGAGAGAGAGAUGCCGAUCUUGUCCUCACAUUUUGUCUGUGGCUUUCAGAAUGGUUGUGGUGGAAAUAGAAACUAGCAGCAUUUUCCACACUUGCA